UCCGCAGUGUUAGAGUGACACAGCACAGAACCAGGAGCCUUACGCUGGAGGAUUUGACGCCCGUACAACCACUUCAGGAAACCAAAAGCAUUUCUCGUCUAACCCUUUGAUAAAAAGAACUCUUGAGGUCAUGACUGCUACACAGUUUCUAUCUGCUCUCACUUUUGUGUUCCUCCUAAUUGAAGACAGUGGAGCCUGGACCUACAGCACCUCUGCAGAAAACAUGACAUAUGAUGAUGCAAGGGUGUAUUGUCAGCAAUACACACACCUAGUAGCGAUUCAAAACAAAGAAGAGAUUAAGUACUUGAACUCCAUAUUGAACUAUUCACCAAGUUACUACUGGAUUGGAAUCAGAAAGGUCAAUGGUGUGUGGAUUUGGGAAGGGACCCAGAAGCCUCUGACUAAAGAAGCUGAGAACUGGGCUCCAGGAGAACCCAACAAUAAGCGAAACAAUGAGGACUGCGUAGAGAUCUACAUCAAGAGAGAGAAGGAUACGGGCAUGUGGAAUGAUGAGAGCUGCAACAAAAAGAAGCUUGCCUUGUGUUACACAGCUGCCUGCACCAGUACAUCCUGCAGCGGUCAUGGGGAAUGUGUGGAGACCAUCAAUAACUACACUUGCAAAUGUGACCCCGGCUUCAGUGGACUCAACUGUGAACAAGUUGUGACCUGUGAAGCACAGAAACCCCCUGAGCACGGGAGCCUGGUUUGCACCCAUCCUUUGGGGAACUUCAGCUACAAUUCUUCCUGCUCUGUCACCUGUGAAAGGGAUCGCCUCCCCAGCAGCACGGAGGCCACAUGGUGCACCUCCUCUGGAGAAUGGAGUACCCCUACCCCAGCCUGCAAUGUGGUUGAGUGUGAUGCUUUGACAAGUCCUGCCAAUGGAGCCAUGGAAUGUUCCCAAAGCCCUGGAAGCUUCCCAUGGAACACGACCUGUGCAUUUGACUGUGAAGAAGGAUUUGAACUGAUGGGAGUCCCGAGCCUCCAGUGCACCUCAUCUGGGAAUUGGGACAACAAGAUGCCAACGUGUAAAGCUGUGACAUGUGGCGCCAUUAGCCAGCCUCAGAAUGGCUCUGUGACCUGUAGCCACUCCCCUGCUGGAGAGUUCACCUUCCAGUCAUCCUGCCACUUCACCUGUGAGCAAGACUUCAAGUUGCAGGGACCAGCCCAGGUUGAAUGCACCGCUCAAGGGCAGUGGACUCAGCAAAUCCCAACCUGUGAAGCUCUACAGUGCAAAGUCUUGUCCAACCCAGAGAGAGGCUACAUGAAUUGUUUUCCUAGUGCUUCUGGAAGUUUCCAAAGUGGGUCCAGCUGUGAGUUCUCCUGUGAGCAGGGAUUUGUGCUGAAGGGAUCCAAAAGACUCCAGUGCGGCCCCACAGGGGAAUGGGAUAGUGACAAGCCCUCAUGUGAAGCUGUGAAAUGUGAUGCUGUCAGCCCGCCCCAGAGUGGCUCAGUGAGGUACACCCAUUCACCUACUGGAGAAUUCACCUACAAGUCCUCCUGUGCCUUCACCUGUGAAGACGGCUUUGAAUUACAUGGAUCAGCUCAACUUGAGUGCACAUCUCAGGGACAGUGGACGCAGGAGGUCCCCUCCUGCCAAGUGGUACAGUGUUCAAGCCUGGCAGUUUCUGGGAAAAUCAGCAUGAGCUGCAGUGGGGAGCCUGUGUUCAGCACUGUAUGUACGUUUGCAUGUCCUGACGGGUGGACGCUCAACGGCUCUGCAGCUCUGAUGUGUGGUGCCACAGGACACUGGUCUGGGAUGCUGCCCAGCUGUGAAGCUCCCGCUGAAUCCAACGUUCCCUUGGCAGUUGGACUUUCUGCUGCUGGAACCUCCCUUCUGACAUUAGCAUCAUUUCUACUCUGGCUUCUGAAACGCCUUCGGAAGAAAGCAAGGAAAUUUGUGCCUGCCAGCAGCUGCCAGAGCCUGGAAUCAGAUGGAACCUACCAAGCUCCUUCUGAGUUAAUUUAA